CACGGGUCAAAAUCUAGUUGUAGAUUAAUUGAAUUAAAAUAUAAGAAAUAUUAAAUGUACCAAAGAAAGUAAGCAAUCGCUAUGAUUUUUAGGAAGGGCCACGCAAAUUGUUCAUUUAGUUUAUUGACCCACUCAGCAGGUACUCUCAUACAUGAUGUAUAUGAUGUUAAUAUCAUUGGUUGACACAUCAUGAACCGAAAUAUUCGAAUUGCCAGUAUAAAAUCGUACAAGUUACUGUAAAAAUUACACAAUAACACAAGUAAACGGGAAAGUUAACCAAGUUAUUUUUUAAGACGAGUCAUUUAUUUCAAAUGUGUUAUUUUUUUCUAUGCUUAGUCGACCGCUUGAAUUGAAUUAAGUUAGGUUUUACUAUACCGCUCGCUUAUACUUAGUUUUUUUUUCAAUAGUUAGUUACGCAAUAGUAAUUAGCAAGAGAUGGUUAAAGACAUGUCGAGACACAUUCGCUGAGGUACCAAACUUCUAUUGUUCACACAGUAAGAGUCCAACUGAUAAAGGAUUGGGUUAAAUGUAACUAGGAUGCAUCCUACUCACCACUAACAUCGGAGGAUUUUAGAAGUUGAAUUAUUUGAGACUCAUCUGGCGUUUAGAAAUGUUAGGUUCCUAGGGACCCUCAAACUAGGCAAAACAACAUCAUUUAUGUACUGAUCAAUGCGAUGUAAGUGGCAUGGAGUAAAAGCUAUCGGUAGCUACAAUAUGAAGGAGCCUAACAAGAUUUCAUUCAUCUAGUCCAGCAUAAAGUUUGUGACUACAUAUAUAUCUUGAUGGAAAUCUUGCUUUGCUGACUCCUUGAUAUAUUCGCUAAUGGCAAUGUGUAUAUUAACUGAACCCAUAAAUGACACUUAAUAAAACCACACUAUUUCGAAAAAAUUCUUGAAUUGAAUAUCUUUUUAUUAUUACAUUGAUUUUGUUGGUAUUUUAUUAUAUACAUUUUCCUUGUUUAUGCAGCAGGACAUGAAAAAACUUCAAAUAUUUUUUGGUCUAAAAACUUCAAAUAUGAAAGUUGAAGGGGCCCACAUAUGCAUUUUGGAGCGUGCAAAUCAUGACUUCUAAGUGCUCAGUACUCAUUCCCGUGGUCGACUUGUACUUGUAUAAGUACCCCGCCUUUCAAAGUUGUAUAGUAUUUAAAAACGAAUAUUACGAUUAAAGAUAAGCAAAUUUUAUAUAUGAAUAAUGAAACGCUUUCAGGCAUCUAGAUGAAUCUAAUAUCAGGAUGUCAUCUACUAUUAAUGUUGGCUAUUGAGAGAACAAAAGUGAAUGUAGGCGCUCCUUUAUUUAUGAAAGCAAUUCUUAUUGAUAUGAUAUUUUAAAAAAUAUUAUCAUUUUUGCAAUGGUUAUGUCUUUGGUCUAGUGUUGUUAUUAUAGGUCCCGAGUUCGACUUUCGAAGGGCCAUUUUUCUUUACUUUUGUUAAUUGUGUGUGCCUUUGGAGAGAAAGAAUCAAACAUUCAAAAUAAACUUUUAUUGUGUGUGCCUUGUGGAGAGAAAAAAUCAAAACAUUCAGUUGGGCCUAAAGUGCAAAACCCAAACAAAUUACAUCUCUCUCCCAAAUAAGCUCUCUUCAUUCUCGCCAAUGCUUGUUUCUAGAGUCCAAAGACGUGCUCACCAUGACGCAUCUAUGUAUUUAUCUACUACUAUAAACUAGAUUUUUAUUUUUGAGAAAUACUAUAAACUAUAAACUAGUUUGCCAUAAGAUAUAAGCUAGUUAGCUAGAUGCUCAUAGAGUACCUAAUAACAUCAUUAUCAGCAUAAAUUCUUUAAAGAAUAUCUGAUUUUAUAAUACUACUAUAAUAAUUUAGUUUGGUUAUCAAGUUUUAAAAUUUCAAAAGGAUGAAUCAAAGACAUGUAUACUAUGAAAUUAUGAAAUUAUGAAAAUUUGAAUUUAACUCUAUGUAUCCAUCCAAAAUUCACUAACUAACAUAGGGUGAUGGAGUUUCAAAAAAAAAAAAAAAAAACAUAGGGUGAUGGAUAUUAUUAUUAAUGGAAUCGAACCUGAUGAAAUUAGCAGUAGAUAUUUGCUAUGUUCUUGUCCCCUGUCAGAAGAAAAACGUCGUCGGAAACUGACUGACAAAUCUCCUAAGAAAAUCUGAAUCCUUUUAUAGUUCCAAGUUAAACCAUUCCCUAAUCUUUAAAAUCAUUUGCUGUUCAAUAAUUUUCCAUGUCCUUUUGUUUUCUUUUGACAUUUUUGCUUUGUCUUUUUUAUACCAAUAGUCCAAUACCAUAAUAAUCUCCGUCCAUUUGUUUUUAUACAUAAAGCGACAAUUAGUAACUUUUGUCGUUUGUGAUGGAGGAGAUCCUCAAUUUCCUUUUUUAUAUAAUUUAAAAAUAAAACAAAUCAUGACAAAAUAGGAAAAAAAAAAGUGAAAUGAAAGAAAAAAAAAAGACAAAUGAUGAAAUGAGAAGAGACAGAGAGAGGAUCAGAUGUGAAGUCAACUUCUUCUUCUUCUCUCCUCUCACUCACAAUCUUCACUAACACAGAGUCUUCUUACAUUCUUGAUUCUCUUUCUCUACUCUGAAAAAUGGACCCGGAUGUUUCUAACAGGGUCGACUGUUCUGAAUCUAGACGCGAUUCAUCCGGUGGUGGAGCCAGGUAUAAGCUCAUGUCUCCGGCGAAACUCCCGAUCUCGAGGUCCACUUGCAUCACUACCAUUCCUCCUGGUUUGAGUCCGACUUCGUUUCUUGAGUCUCCUGUUCUUCUCUCCAACAUCAAGGCAGAACCUUCUCCUACUACUGGUUCACUGUUCAAACCUCAUGCAGUUCACGCUAACUCCAGCUCCUAUACAGCAAGAACAAUCCGUCAUAAUAUCUUAGACGAGAAAAACUCCAACGAAUCUUUUGAGUUUAGACCUCCUCCUGCAUCCACUAUGUUCUAUGCAGAGCUAGUAGACAAGCAGAGAAGUGAAGCGCACAGUUUCAAACACUCACCAUCUUCAGCCACUGAAGCUGCAUCUUCAAGUGAGAUUAGCCCACAAAAUGCUCUUCCUCAUCAGACAACACCACCAGGCUCCGAGAGAUCUGAUCAAGAUGAAUCCAGAGGAAGUGCACCGUCUACAUUGGCUGAUGAUGGAUACAAUUGGAGAAAAUACGGUCAAAAGCACGUCAAGGGAAGUGAGUUUCCAAGGAGUUAUUAUAAAUGCACGCAUCCUAACUGUGAGGUUAAAAAGGUUUUCGAAAGGUCACACGAAGGGCAGAUCACUGAGAUUGUAUACAAGGGGACUCAUGACCAUCCUAAACCUCAGCCUAGUCGCCGGAACUCAGGUGGUCUUGUUAUGCCGGCACAAGAAGAAAGACUGGACAAGUGUUCUUCUCUCAAUGGCCGAGAUGGUAACUAUACAUACAACCUGUCUCCUCCUGUUGAACCAAACGGAAAUGAUGAUGGUGGAGAUCUUGCAAAUAGGAAUAACGAUGACGUUGAGGACAAUGAUCCAUUCUCAAAACGAAGGAAGGUGGAUGGGGCGAUGGAAGUAACUGCACUAGUGAAACCGAUAAGAGAGCCACGAGUUGUUGUUCAAACUCUGAGUGAAGUUGACAUAUUGGAUGAUGGGUAUAAGUGGCGUAAAUACGGUCAGAAAGUUGUUCGAGGCAACCCUAAUCCCAGGAGCUAUUACAAAUGCACGGCUACUGGAUGCCCAGUGAGAAAACAUGUGGAGAGAGCGUCACACGAUCCAAAAGCUGUUAUAACCACGUACGAAGGCAAACACAAUCAUGAUGUACCGAUGGUAAGGUCUAACAACAGCCACCAUGAGUUGUUAGCGCCUAGAUUCAGACCAGAAGAGACCACCAGCACAGUCAGCCUCCACUUGGGUGUUGGAAUAGCAUCUGGCUGUCCUGACCAUACAUCAAAUGAGCAUCCACAUCAACAAAAGCCUGCUGGAUUCAUGUUUGUUCAUGGACCUUCCAUGGGAUCAUACUAUGCUAAUAGCUUGAACGUGAGAUUGAAUAAUCAAAUAUAACAACGGCACGAGAGUAACCCGCAAACGAGGCUCAAACAGGUGACAUCUCUGUCCUCUCACUCGUAACAUAGGGACUUAGGGAUAAUACAAUCUGGUCCCUAGAAGAGGAUGGUCUCAACAAGCCAACUAAAGUAACACAACCAAAAGAAAAAGAAAAGCAAAGGCUCUUUGCUUCCACUCUUUAUCUUGAUUCUUCUUAGGUUAGGAAUGAAACAAAACUUUGUUCUAUGUAAUCUGUGAUCUAUCUUUACAUGUAAAUCAUGACACACUAAGAUAGAGAAAGAGAGAGAUGCUAUUUUGAACUGUCUCCCAAUAUAUUUCUUUGUUUGUUUGUUUGUUUUUUUAA